UGAUUGGCCGUGUCCCGGCGCCGCCACCGCCGCUUCGGCCUUGGGCUCUGGCUUCCGAGAUGGCGGCGCAGGUGCUCGGAAAGGCGCUGGUGUCCGCCAAAUGGCUGUCCGAGGCCGUGAAGGCCGGAAGGGUCGGGGCUGGCUUGCGGGUGCUCGACGCCUCCUGGUACCCGCCGCAGGAGCGAAACGCCCGGCAGGAGUUCAGGGAGAGCCACAUCCCCGGGGCGUCCUUCUUCGACAUCGAAGAGUGCCGGGACAAGUCGUCCCCGUAUGACUUCAUGCUGCCCAGCGAGGCUCACUUCGCCGACUACGUGGGGCACCUGGGGAUCGGCAACGACACCCACGUCGUGGUGUACGACGGGGACAAGGUGGGCACUUUCUACGCCCCCCGCGCCUGGUGGAUGUUUCGGGUCUUUGGGCACCGCGAGGUGUCGGUGCUGAACGGUGGCUUCAAGAACUGGGUGAAGGAGGGCCACCCCGUGACGGCCGAGGUCAGCCAGCCCACGCCAGCUGUGUUUAAGGCCAAGCUGGACAAGACCCUGCUGAAGACCUUCGAGGAGAUGAUGGAGAAUGUGGGAUCCAGGCGGUUCCAGGUAGUGGAUUCCCGCCCUGAGGGCCGGUUUCGGGGGACUGAGCUGGACCAAGGGCUGGAAUCUGGUCACAUCCCCGGUGCUGUGAACAUACCCUUCCAAUCAUUCCUAACAGAAACUGGCCAUGAGAAGAGUAUUGAGGAGAUUCAACAGAUGUUCCGCGAGAAGAAAGUGGAUCUCUCAAAGCCACUGACAAUCACGUGCCGUAAAGGCGUCACGGCAUGUCACAUUGCCUUGGCGGCCUACCUGUGUGGCAAGCCUGAUGUGUCCAUUUAUGAUGGUUCUUGGUCGGAGUGGUUCCACCGUGCCCCACCUGAGUACAAGGUCUCUGAGAUGAAGCGCAACAAGGCCUAGAAGGAGCGUUGUUUCUUGGGCAGUGAGAUCUAGCGGCAAUCUCCAGCCCAGGCUACAGGGAAAGGGAGGAAGUGGAAAUAAAGAAAAAUCGUGGUGAUUUGUAUUUUGCCAAUUUUUCUAAGAAUGAUCAGUAGCUUUUUAUGACUUCUUACACUUUCUCACAAUGAAAUAAAAUUUACUUCAAAGAUGA